GUGGGAGGGAGAGAGGGGGCUGGGCUGGGCAGCAUCGAUGAGGCUGCCCGUCCCCCGUCUUCUUCCUCCUCCUCUCGGUGUUUGCGAAAUGCAGCUCCUCCGGCAUCGUCAUUGCCGUCUCGAUCCAUGAGCUUGCUGAAUUUUCAGGCCUUCCAGGUGCUCUUUGGUAGAAGAUUGGCUCAGGAUUUAAUUGUCAAUCUUUUUGCCGAGGAUGAGUGGUUGUUGAUGAGAUUUGAGCGAUGAAAGACAAGUUUCUGAGUUGCGGUGGCGAGAAGAGGCUUGCAGACAUGGAAGAAUUUCGGUGUAUGAUAGUUCCGGGACAAUAUACGGUUUCUUUUCACAAGUUCUAAGCAUUUGCAUGAAUGUCACGUGCAAUAUCAGUCGAAGAAAAUGAUUUUGAUGCUCGACUCCAAAGAGACGCGAUUGAUUAUAAGCAUCGAGAUGCACCUGAUCAGCUCUAUGUGAUUCUGCGUUAGCUGGAUUCCGGCACAUGCAAGGGAGUACUUGACAUAAACAGCUUAUGCUAUGUCGACGCGAUCGCGAGAGCCGAACCGGAUCUCUAAACGAAUACUCCACAGAUGGGAGACACUAGUUUACAGAGCGAAGAUGGCGGCGGAGCGGAAAGAUUUGACGAUGUCGCACGCAGGAUCAUCUUCUAAUACCACUGUACCUCAAAGCUUGCUUCAGCAAGCGAACGUUGAUUCCAUUUUGCAGGCUGCUGAUGAACUUGCACUGGAGAAUCCAGAUGUAGGACGAAUCUUGUCCGAGUAUGCGUAUACUCUAGUGCAAGAUCUGGAUCCCAACAGUGAAGGCAGGGGUGUGUUGCAGUUCAAGACGGGUUUGUUGUCCGUCAUCAAGCAAAGGCGCUCCAAAAAAGGGGCAGAGAAGAUUAAUCGAAGUCAGGAUAUCAACAUAUUACAAGAUUUCUACAGAACAUACAGAGAAAGGAAUCACCUUGACCAACUGGAGGAUGAAGACAGGAGGUUCAAGCAAAGUUAUUCCUAUGACGAAGAUUCAACAACAACUGAACAACGGGGCAAGUUGAUAAGGAAAAUAUACACUACAGCAAGAAUUCUGAAUCAAGUAAUUGAUGCCCUUCUGAAGCAGAAUGAGAAAUACGAAGAUUUUGAUCCAGAGUUGAAAAGGAUUAUGGAAGAAGAUGCACAGAAGGAGAAAGGUUUCAAAGCUUACAACAUCUUACCACUCGAGACCCCUGGCGUGGCAAAUGUCUUCCAUAAUUUUCCAGAGGUGGUUGGAGCGAAGAGAGCACUUGAGUACAAUAGUUCGUCAGCAACGCUCCCUGCGUUCCCGGAGGAAAAUUUCGAGAGGCCAUCGGAUAGGCCGCUGGACAUCUUUGAUUUCUUACAGUAUGUGUUUGGUUUUCAGGUAGACAAUGCGGCAAAUCAGAGAGAGCAUUUGAUAUUGUUACUAUCCAACUCGCAAUCGCGAUUGGGCGUGCUAGUGGAUACGGAAAAUAAGCUGGAUGAUGGGGCCACAAAUGGCGUACACAUCAGCAUGAUGAAGAACUACGAGUGGUGGUGCCGGUUCUUAAAUAAGGACUCCAUGGCAAAACGAGCCUAUUCGACGCAAUUAAGGCUAUUCCUUACCGCUCUUUAUCUGUUAAUUUGGGGAGAGGCAGCAAACUUACGCUUCUUACCAGAGUGCCUAUGUUACAUCUUCCAUCAUAUGGCUGAUGAAAUGUAUGAUCUGCUUGAUGAGGAUGAAGUGAAGAGGUCACGGACGUUCCUCUCUGAUUCGCCCCACUCUUUCUUGGACAAUAUCAUAAAGCCUGUUUAUGAUAUUCUAGCUGCGGAGGCUAAAGUAUCUGCCGAUGGCAGAAAUCCGCAUUCUGCCUGGAGAAACUAUGAUGACGUUAAUGAGUUCUUCUGGGCGCCGACUUGCUUUGAGCUAUCAUGGCCUUGGAGGCUUGAUGCAGGAUUCUUCAAAAAGCCCGAGAAAGUGAUUUACUCAGAAGCUGACAGAUGUGAGCAAAUACCAGAAGAACCGGAGGAGCCACAAAAUUUGGGUGAAAAACGGGAGAAAAAAGUAGGAAAAACCCAUUUCGUUGAGCACCGGACUGGCUUCCAUAUUUAUCAUAGCUUUCAUCGUCUUUGGAUUUUACUUGUGUGCAUGCUUCAGGGGCUGGGCAUAUUUGCCUUUUGUGACCGCAGAUUCACUGUUCGAACUGUUAAGUUUGUAAUGAGUGUUGGGCCUACUUUUGUUCUCAUGAAGCUCCUCCAAUCUGUGAUGGAUGUCACCUUGACGAUUGGGGCUUAUAGAAGCACUCGAGCACGGAACAUCUCGAGGAUGUUGAUGCGUUUCACUUGGUUCACCAUCCUCUCAGCAGUCGUAGUCGUGCUAUAUGUGAAGACAAUCGAAGAGGAAAACGGUGGAUCAGGAACUAAUACUUGGUUUAGGGCCUUUUACUUAGUGAUGGGCAUUUGUGGUGGCCUGCAACUCUUUUUCGCUUUGAUACUACGUGUUCCCUGGUUUCGGAUGCAAGCAGAUAAAUGUUCAAAUUUUUAUGUGGUACAGUUCGUUAAAUGGGUACAUCAGGAGAGAUACUACGUGGGAAGUAAAAUGUACGAGAGAACUCGUGACUAUUUCACGUACACUUUAUUCUGGUUUGUUGUUGGAACUUGCAAGUUUGCCUUCAGCUAUUUUUUGCAGAUCCAUCCUAUGGUGGAACCGACAAGAACUAUCAUCGGUAUCCGAAAUAUCAAUUACCGAUGGAAAGAUCUCGUUUCUCAGAAUAAUUAUAAUGCCCUUACACUGGUGUCUUUGUGGGCUCCUAUUGUUAUGGUUUACUUCCUGGAUACACAAGUGUGGUAUACGAUAAUUGCUGCUCUUGUCGGAGGGUUGGUUGGUGCCAGGAUGCAUCUUGGGGAGAUCCGAUCUCUUGACAUGUUGAGGUCGCGGUUUUCUUCUUUGCCGGGCGCAUUCGUCAAGAACCUAGUUCCCUCCAGAGGUGGUUGCCACUCUCAAAUGGAUGUAAAUGUUCCUCUUAGUGCAGUCAAGCCUGGGAAUCCAAAAGUUGAUGCCAUUCGAUUUGCUCCACUGUGGAAUGAGGUCGUUCUCUCCCUGCGUGAAGAAGAUCUCAUCAACAACCGAGAGAGAGACUGGUUGCUUAUGCCUGACAACAUGAUCACUCUUACUGCGUUGGGGCAACACACAUUGGUUCAGUGGCCUUUAUUCCUACUUGCAAAUAAGGUAUAUAUUGGAUUAGAAAUCGUACAUGAAAACAGGCAUGGUAAUCAAGCUGAGCUAUGGGACAGAAUCAAGCACGAUACAUAUUUGGAUUACGCUGUGCGGGAAGCAUAUGCAUCUUCACAAAGUGUCUUGUGGGACAUAUUGAACGAAGAUGGCCGUGCGUGGAUAAGACGUAUCUAUCAAGACAUUGAUGAUGCUAUUGAAAGUUCUCUUCUAUUGAAAAAGUUUAAUUUCGAGGAUUUUGGCGACGUCAUGGAAAAAAUCUUAAAUCUGACAGAAAUCCUGGUGACUGAGCCUAAGAAAGACGAUGAGGACGGGAGACACGAAGAAGAGUCUAAGUUGCAUGAAAGUGCAAUUGGGGCGUUAGUGGACUUGUAUGAAGUCGUGAUGCGGGAUUUUAUUAUGGAUUCGAACCUCAGGGCUAAUUAUGAAAGUGACACAGUGUUACAAGCUUCAAAGCAGGAUGGUUCUCUGUUCAGUCAAUUGAAAUGGCCCACAGGGCAGGCUAAAGAACAAGUUCGACGACUUAAUUACAUUUUGGCAAUCAAGGAUUCGGCAUUAAAUGUUCCAGUUAAUUUAGAAGCUCGUCGACGUUUGCAAUUCUUUAGCAACUCACUGUUUAUGUCAAUGCCUCAGCCACCACCUGUUCGUAAAAUGAUUUCUUUCAGUGUGCUCACUCCUUAUUACGAAGAAGAUGUGAUGUACUCCAAGAAACAGCUGGAAGAUGCGAAUGAAGAUGGUAUUACCAUCCUUUAUUAUCUGCAAACUAUUGUUCCAGACGAAUGGACAAAUUUUCUUGAGAGAAUGUAUCCUAAUGUAGGUUACAAUCAAUUGAAAACCUUCAGCGAAAAAGCUUUUAGCGAAGAACAAUUUCUAGAGUUACGUCUAUGGGCUUCGUAUCGAGGGCAGACCCUUGCACGAACAGUUCGUGGGAUGAUGUAUUAUAAAAGGGCUCUUGUAUUACAAGCACAACAAGAGGGUGCUUCAAUGGAAGAGGACGAGGAGGGAGGACAUAAUCUUGAAGGAAAUGAGCUUACAAUUGUUAAUGUGAACACACCUCGCACUCCGAAGGGGUCUCUGGUGAGGACUGCAAGAGCUCAGGCGGAGCUUAAGUUUAGUUACGUUGUCACUGCUCAAAAUUACGGGAAACAUAAGAGCAGCUCGACACCAACACAGCAGGAAAAAGCUGCAGAUAUAUUAUAUCUCAUGCAUAAGAAUGAUUCUCUAAGGAUAGCUUACAUCCAUGAAGCGAAGAAGACAAUUCGCGGAAACCUGGUCAGUGAGUACUACUCCAAGCUUCUUAAAGCUAGUCCUGGUGGAAAGGAUGAGGAAAUAUAUUCUAUCAAACUGCCUGGAGCAGUCACUUUGGGAGAAGGAAAAUCUGAGAAUCAGAAUCACGCAAUUGUGUUCACACGUGGAGAGGCCCUUCAGACCAUCGACAUGAACCAGGAGCAUUACUUAGAGGAAACUCUUAAGAUGCGCAAUCUCCUUGAAGAGUUUGAUUCGAAGGAUCAUGGACUUCGUUCCCCUACCAUUCUUGGAGUUCGUGAGCAUGUCUUCACAGGCAGUGUAUCAUCGUUGGCGUGGUUCAUGUCUCUGCAAGAAAGGAGCUUUGUUACCCUUGGGCAACGAGUCCUGGCGAAGUCACUUAAGGUAAGAAUGCACUAUGGUCAUCCCGAUGUUUUCGAUCGGAUAUUCCACAUAACAAGGGGAGGUAUCAGCAAAUCUUCAAAAGAGAUCAAUCUGAGUAAAGAUAUUUUUGCAGGUUUUAACUCGACGUUACGGCAGGGAAAUAUCACUCACCACGAAUACAUUCAGUGCGGGAAGGGACGGGACGUAGGUUUGAACCAAAUUGCAGCUUUUGAAGGCAGAGUUGCUUCUGGAAAUGGGGAGCAAACGAUUAGUCGUGAUAUAUAUCGUUUGGGCCAGCUUUUUGACUUCUUCAGAAUGUGCUCCUUCUUCUUUACGUCCAUUGGUUUCUAUUUCACGACAAUGUUGACUGUCUUAACUAUUUACGUGUUCCUGUACGGAAAAAUAUAUCUGGCUCUCUCAGGUGUUGAUGAAGUGCUCAAACAGAAUAACUUGUUGGAGAACACGGCCUUGCAAUCAGCGCUAAACACGCAGUUUCUUCUUCAAAUUGGUAUCUUCACAGCUCUGCCAAUGAUCGUGAACUUCAUUUUAGAACAAGGAGUCUUGCCGGCGGUUAUCAGCUUCCUUACCAUGCAGUUCCAAUUAAGUUCAGUAUUCUUCGCAUUUUCACUUGGAACACGGACUCAUUACUUUGGCCGUACACUUCUUCAUGGUGGUGCUAAGUAUAAAUCUACUGGAAGAGGUUUUGUUGUCGAACAUAUUCCAUUUGCUGAGAACUAUCGUACUUACGCACGGAGUCAUUUCGUAAAGGGAAUGGAGAUUAUUAUGCUGCUCAUUGUUUACGUUGUCUACGGAGCCUAUAAUCGGUCUAAUGCCAGCUACAUUCUUCUCACAUUUAGUAGUUGGUUUCUUGCUCUCUCAUGGUUAUACGCUCCUUUCAUCUUCAAUCCUUCUGGAUUCGAAUGGCAGAAGACCGUGAUAGAUUUUGAAGACUGGACAAACUGGUUAUUUCACAAAGGAGGGAUUGGAGAUGAAGGGAAAAAGAGUUGGGAAAUUUGGUGGGACGAGGAGCAAGCUCACGUUCAGACGUUCAGAGGAAAGUUUUGGGAAAUCAUUUUCAGUCUGCGGUUUUUCAUAUUCCAGUAUGGUAUAGUUUAUACCUUAGAUGCUGCUGGCAAUGACAAAUCUUUAUGGGUUUAUGGAUACUCCUGGGUAGUGCUUCUUGGUAUAUUUCUUUUAUUUAAGAUUUUCACCUUCAGCCGUAAAGCAUCAGCAAACUUCCAACUUAUCGUGCGACUUUUACAAGGCGUUGUGUUCCUGGCUGCUGUUGCUGGUGUGAGCGUGGCAGUGGUUCUGACACGACUCACAGUUGGUGAUGUGUUUGCAAGUAUAUUGGCUCUUGUUCCAACAGGCUGGGGCCUUCUCUCUAUCGCUAUUCCAUUGCGUCCAAUCUGCAAGUGGUUUAGGAUUUGGGGUUCAGUACGAGGAAUUGCUCGGCUUUAUGACGCGGCCAUGGGAAUAGUACUGUUCAUGCCCAUCGCCCUGUUGUCAUGGUUACCCUUCGUCUCCACAUUCCAAACUCGUCUCGUUUUCAAUCAAGCGUUUAGUCGUGGUCUUGAGAUCAACAUUUUGUUGGCUGGGAAUAAUCCUAAUCCUGCUCUGUAGUCUGUACAGUUUUUGCAUUUUUUAUCACCACUGAACUUCAAGUCGUAUUUGUUUUCAUUCAGUUGUAACAAUUAUAUCUCCAUUAGAAUGCACUAGCAGUGUUUGUAUGUAGUUUUGAUGCAUGUACAUAUCAAACCGAGGCAUUUUUUGGGUACGUCGACUGAGAAAUCUUGUAGCAUUGCAACUGAGGCAUCAAAUGGCUACUGUAUGAGAAAAAUACUGUGGUCUAUGUUAUCAUGCAUCUUGUGCUCGUCUACAAAAAAUUAAAGUCAAGAUUUCCAAAGUU